CAGAGCCCUUCCUCCCGACACGGCGACGCCCUCGCACAGCACUGCGCCACUGCCCGACAUCGACGCCCAGCCGCCUCGCCGUCGCCGUUCCUCGCGACCUCACCGCCGGUCGCCAGCCGGAGCCCGGAUCCCAGCCUCCCGGCGCCCGCGCCUCUCCUUCCCGCCCGGCCGGACGGCCCUCUGGUCCAGCCGCGCCUCCCUGCCCACGCCCCUCCCUGCGCGCGGCCGUGCCCCUGCCGCCGGCCGGAAGCCUGGCGCCCCUGCCCUCGCCCCCCUGCAAGUUUGGCGGCAGCCACUGCCGCUCAGUCACCACACCAGCCUCCGGAAUUGAAGACCGCCCUGUCAUCCCCUCUGCAGCCGGGCUCACGGAGAAGGGCGUCACCCCGCCAUGAUCGCCGCAUCGGCGCGGCGGGUCGCUGCCGCCGCCGCUUCGUCUUCCCCGUCCGGCCAUGUCUCCCAGCUGGCCUCGACGCUGAAUCACCAGAGAUGGAUUCACGACCGGAACAAGAAGGCAAUGGAGUUGGUGGCCAAGGGUUGGAGCGCCCAACAGGAGGUCGAUCGCGUCAUCGACUUCGCCGACCGCAACGACAAGCGACUAAUCCCACUUCUCAGGGGCGCAAAGGAGAACUUUGAGCUGGCUCUAGAGAUCGACAAUAUGAAUACUCACGCGAGAUGUUGGCUGGCCAAGAUGCAUUUCAAGUACCAUGUUCCCGGGGCGUGCAAGGCAAUUGGUGCUGCUUUGCUUGUUGAAGCUGCGAACAUGGGUGAUCCAGAGGCACAGUAUGAACUUGGAUGUCGGCUAAGAGUUGAGAAUGAUCAUGUUCAGUCUGAUCAACAGGCCUUUCAUUAUAUAGAGAAAGCUGUUGACCAGUUGCAUCCUGGUGCUUUGUAUCUUCUUGGUGCUGUAUAUAUAACUGGGGAUUGCGUUAAGAGGGACAUAGCUUCAGCUAUGUGGUGUUUCCAUAGACCUUCAGAAAAGGGACAUGCUGGAGCUGCAAUUGCAUAUGGUUCCCUUCUUCUGAAAGGUGCUGAAGUGCCUGAAGUCAUUACCAGGUUCAACUCAGGCAAGAGUCCGUCAACUGGGAAGGUGCGAAAAAGGACCAUACAGCAGGACCCAGUAAAGCUGGCAAAGGAGCAGUUCCAGAUAGCAGCUGAGUCUGGAUCUGACCUCGGUUUACGGUGGUUGAAGAGGCUUGGAGAUUACGAAAAACAGCCCGAAGAGCUAAAGCAAAUCCAGCAAUGACCUCCAGCGAAAGAAUACCGCUGCAUUCGGCAAUUAGGCCCAGUUCUUUUGAACAGAUUGUGAAGAAUCUCGUCCUGGAAAAUCCUGAGCGAAAAGAACUCGAUUUGCCUUCCAAAAUCUCGAGCGGAUUCUGCAGAAUCCUAUGCAGAAUCCUAGUGCAAUUCAAAAUCCUCGAAAAACAUAGAUUUUCACAGAAUCCCAAGAUUCUGGUAAGUCCCACCAAAGAAAACGUUUCGGAUAUGAGAGUACCCCUAUUGGAGGAAUAAUUUACAGCCAAACUGCCCCUUUUGCACGACUGAACGGCCCAGCAAACGCUCGAUCGCCACGAGCGCUAGCGGCGGCGGGAGCUCCACCAGCCCGCCACCGGCCACCCCCUGGCAGCCCAGCCUACACGCCGGUUCUCGCCUUGGGGCGGCCCCUCUCCUCACGACGGCCCGCCUCGUCGCCGCCAGAUGGGAACACCGACAGCACCCCUCCUCACGAUGCCGCCGGACGGGAGCUCCGUCAGCCUCGCUCCUCGCGACCCCGCUGGACGGGCAGCCCGCUGCCUCUGGUCGCCUCUGGCCGCCCUGCCUAGACGCCCGAUGGGAACUCUUCUUCUCUGUCUCGUCUCUCUUCUACCUCUGUAUUCUUCUCUGUUUCUCUGUUAACAUCUAGGUGAAUAGAUGGAUGGAUAGAUGCAUGUAUUGAUGAAUAAAUGGUACUGCUAAUGCAUUGAUGUAUGUUUAAAUUUG